UGUUGGAGGUGGAGACUCAAAAAGAAUCAAAACAUAAACCCUAGGCAGCAUAACAUUUUUAUUCACCUUGCAUUAUUAUCAUUUUUUUAAUGAAGAAUGGUUCUGAUUUAAAGACAAAAAUCACACACUACCCUCGCUGCAACACACAGUGACAAACAAGUUCCGUUCCGCAGUUGAAGAAGAAAACGAGAGAGGAACGGAACACAUCUUGAGGUUGAAAUCUCAUCAUUCUAUUGGUUUUUUUAUCUGAUGAUUCUAAAUCCAAGGUAUGCCAUUUCCAAAUUCUCUCGUAAUCCUAUUCUACCUUCUUCUACAUUGCUUCUUUAUCGCUUCUUCAGCCAUUUGCAACGCCACUAUGCCAGAAAAAGUUCUGGGUUUCAUAAUGUUGAAGCUGCUGUUACUCGUUUCAAUUGCAUGAUUCGUGUACUUUCUCCGCCACCCACUUGUGAAUUUGACAAGGUUUUAGGAGCUAUUGUGAGAAUGGGACAUUAUCCCACUGCAAUUUCGCUUUUUUCGCAGUUUCAACUUAGGGGAAUUUCGCCUUCUAUUGCUACUUUCAGCAUCUUGAUUAAUUGUUUUUGUCAUCAAUCUCAUAUGGGUUUUGCUUUUUCAUUAUUGGGUACCAUUCUUAAGAGUGGAUAUGAACCUAAUUUGGUGACUUUUAAUACAAUCAUCAAUGGUUUUUGUACGAAUGGGAUGAUUUAUAAAGCCUUGAACUUUUACCAAGACCUAGUAGCCCAAGGGUAUCUUUUUGAUGAAUUUACUUAUGGGAUUUUAAUCAAUGGGUUGUGUAAAAACGGGCAAACUAAAGCUGCGUUACAUUUGUUACACGAGAUGGAGGAACGGUCGGUUGAACCAAAUCUAGUAAUGUAUAGUGCAGUCAUUGAUGGACUAUGCAAAGAUGGACUUGUCACGGAUGCGCUUAGUUUGUGUUCUCGGAUGGGUGACAGGGGAGUUUUACUUGAUGUUGUUACCUACAACUCUUUAAUUCGUGGUUGUUGUAGCGUAGGUCGAUGGCAAGAUGUAAAUCAAUUACUAAUGAGAAUGGUGCGGGAAAACGUUGAUACGGAUGACUUUACGUUUAACAUAUUGAUUGAUGCGUUAUGUAAAGAAGGAAGGGUAUUAGAAGCACAGGGUGUGUUUGUUAUGAUGAUGAAAAGAGGCGAGAAACCGGAUAUUAUUACUUACAAUGCUAUGAUGGAUGGGUAUUGUUUAAGAAAAAGUGUUGACGAGGCUAAAGAACUAUUUGAUGGAAUGGUCAAAAGAGGCUUGGAACCUGAUGUUUUGAAUUAUAAUGUCUUGAUUAAUGGUUAUUGCAAGAAUGAAAUGGUUGAUGAAGCGUUGGUUCUCUUUAAAGAGAUGCGUCGCAAAAAUUUAGUCCCUAGUAUUGCUACUUACAAUUCUCUUAUUGAUGGCUUAUGCAAUUUGCACAGAAUACCACACGUGAAGGAACUUCUUGAUGAAAUGCGGGAUAGUGGUCAACCCCCAGAUGUAGUCACUUACAAUAUAUUGUUAGACACGCUUUGUAAAACCCGACCUUUUGACGAGGCAAUCUCAUUAUUUUGGAAGAUUGUUCAAGGAAUUUGGCCUGAUUUUUACACAAACUAUUUAAUUGUUGACAAUUUGUGCAAAGGUGAAAAGUUGAAGAUUACAGAAGAUGCUCUUCAAUACCUUUUGAUGCUCGGUUGUCCUCCAAAUGUCCGAACAUAUACUAUCAUCAUCAAUGCACUUUGUAAAGAUGGCUCUUUUGAUGAAGCUAUACUCUUACUAUCAAAAAUGGAUACCAAUGAUUGCUCCCCUGAUGCUGUAACUUUUGAUACAAUUAUUGGUGCACUACUCAAGAAAAAUGAGACCGAUAAGGCAGAGAAACUUCGUCAUGAGAUGAUGGAGAGAGGUCUAGUAAAUAUUGAAAAAAGGUUGAUGUGCGAACAGGGAGGGAAUCUGUGACUGCCGAACUUGUCAUUCAUGUUCUAUUUUCACAUGACAACCAAAGCAAGUCAAGAUUUACAUGCGUCGGGCAAUCCAGACUGCGAAGGCCAAAACGGUUAUGCAAGCAGAAUAUAAUUUUUCAAUGCCAAAUAUCAGAUUUUCUGUGUUCAAUGGUUGAUUGGAGACAACAGCUGGAACCAGAGUUACGCUAUAUUCUUGCCUACAAAUUCUGGCUUUCAAUCUGGUUCAUUUCACUCUGACGUCUGAGCAAGUUUCUUGCUUGUAAGCUAAAUCCCUGUGAUCCUUCAUACUCUAUGGAGAAGUGUAUGUUCCAUCCCCAAGGAAAGUACAGUUUAUCAGACUGCUUAGUUUCUUGUACGGGGAACUUGUGAAGAUUCAAUGCACUACCUUAUGGUCUUUGCCGGAGAUAUGUGAGCUUAGGUAGCAGAUUUGCAAUUGGACUAACUAGAAACAUCCAGAAUCGCUUUUGUUUAAUUUCUUAACCAGUAGUUGCUUGGAGUCUCAUACGGCAACAAAACAUCCUUAUAAAGUAAAUCAUAUACAUGGAAAGUUGAGAAGUAGGUUAUAGAUUUGAAUUAUUUUCAGUGUCUUUCUUGUAAAUAAUAUAAUGUACACCUUGAGAAGAAUAGCAUUGUGGCUCUGGGAACUGGUGGUGAGGAUCCAGAAGUUAACAUAGAAUAUUCAUUUAUUGUAUUUAUUUACAUUGUUUGUA